CUGUGGUUACUUGUUCCACACACUGCUUUAAUAGAGGUGGUUAGUCUUGAACUGACACAGAGGAGCGUGCACGGCUGCUUUAGGCUGAGAUGUGCUGUUUGCUGCAACCGCAUCUUUAGCAGAUUUCAUCAACUUUGCAGCACCAGGCACCACUUGAGGUUCUCCUGACUUGUCCUAUGUUGGGAUGGAUGAGAAUCUAUUUGUGCAAGGAGCCAGCCACAAUGUUUGCAGCCUUCAGGCUGAUUUUCAGUAUGGGUUUUUCACAGUUACAUACAGCCUGGUGUUUAUAUUGGGCUUCCCAGGCAAUAUCUUUGCCUUGUACUUCCUGACUCGAAGUCAUCAGAGGGCACGAAGCUCCAAUAUCUAUUUUGUUAACCUGUCUGCAGUGGACUUUGUUUUUAUAUGCCUACUGCCUUUUCGGAUUUAUUACCACAAUGCUGGAAACAACUGGGUUUUGGGUGACAUAGCUUGCCGAAUUAUGGGCACUCUUUUCUACGCCAACAUCUACUUGAGCAUUGGCUUCUUUACUUGUAUAUGCCUGGACAGGUAUCUUGCGGUUGUUCACCCAGUGAUAUUCCUAAGACUCAAAUCUCGUUGCUAUCCGCUAGUACUGACCAUUAUCAUUUGGAUGGUCUGCAGUGCCAUUGUACUGCCAUUAAUCUUGGAAGGUCCGCUGGACAAUGUGCCAGAAAACAGCACACGGACUUCUUGUUUUGAAGGCUUCUCCCUAACAUUUUGGCAGUAUCGGCUUGUUUCCUACAAUGUCUGUGCCUUAAUCUUUGGAUUUCUGGUACCGUUUACAGUUAUCGGAGUGGUCUUCCCAGCGAUGGCACGAAAAGUGUGCCAAAUCAAAUCAAGCAUUCAUCGAAAAGUGGCAAUGAGGAUCAUAGGAUUUGUUUUUUUCAUCUCUCUACUUUGCUUCCUGCCCUACCAUGUCACCCACCUCUUGCAUUUCCUCAUGAGAAUGGACAUCAUUAAGACUUGCGCUUCCAGCCAAUAUAUCUAUAAGGUACGAAGAAUCACUUUGGCCUUAGUAAGCCUCAACAGCUGCUUGAACCCUAUUCUCUACUUAAUUCCAUACUUAAGUCGUAGAGUUAAUUUGCCAACCUUACCUGUUGCUAGAAAGGUAUACGUCCACAAUGAUGUGACAGCCAAGCACAAAACUCUCCCUGUGGUCUCUUCACCCACUAGUUUUCCAAACCACAAGCAGUCUAGUGUCACUAUCUUGGAUGCAAAGGUCGAGUGGUCAGUACUGUAAACUUGCAAUUCAUUUCUAAAAUGAUGCCUUUAAGACUGGACUCACUGGGACUAAGAGCAUGUGUGCCGAUAUGUUUGCCUAUAUGUUUUUGUUUAAACCCAUCUAUAAUCAAGAAACAAUAUAUUGUU